AUGAGCUCAAUUCGCUUCUUGCGACGACCGCAUCUGCAUUCGUUUCAGCAGCCAGUGUUUAGUUUCUGUUGCAGUCAGAGCCGGACGCUGUCGACGCUCUCCACACGGCAGAAUGCAGCUUCCCCUCAGUCGUCGAAUGCGCCGUCACCGUCUACACCCUCGAAAGCAGAUUCUUUAGAUCCGCGAUGGCUUACACUGAUCAAGAGGAGGAUUGGCAAAUGCCUGAUGUUUGGUCUCAAGCCGCCUCAGGUGGCAGAGGCAGGUCGAAUCCUGCAAGAACUCGCGAGGGACUGGCGUGAAUUGAUUGCCGGCAGCGAGGGCUUCUUGACGGGAGAGACACGAAGGGCAUUGUUCCGUCACAAUGUUGUGUGGGGAGAGAUGGCUUUAGGCUUUCAACAGCAUGCUGAUGACAUGAAAGGAUACGCUGAGACCGCCAGAGUAAAUCUGAUGCGCAACUACGCUACAUAUAUAGAUCCAGAGCAUAAGCAGGAAUGGCUAAACAUGGUGGGUUCGACCGGCAUCGGGCUGAUUCUGCGAAGUAUCAAGGUCGACUACAAAUUUGUGGGUGCUCCAGAUCACCAAAUCUCUCAUCGUGCUGAUUCUGACGCCUUCUACCAGCCCAUGAAAUGGCCUGACAAAAUCACGGUUUACCACAGACUCACGAGGGACCCGUCCGACUCCCUCUCGCAAUCUGCAUUUGAGCAGGAGGUGUUGAUCCUUUCCGAGUCGCGCCAGCGGCCAGCCGCCCGGUGUGUCGAGGAGAACGUCAUCUAUGACUAUCGAUUGCAGCGCAAGGCACCUACGCCGCCGCCGUUCAUCCUCGAUCAGUUCAAGAAGACGUGGGAGUUGCAGGAAGAGUCAAAGAAGGCAUGGCGACAGCGAAUCGCGGAGAUUGAGGACCGCGUCCGGACUCUGGAGCUGGAGAGCUGGGAUCGAGAAGAUGCUGUCGAAGACAUGGGAUCCGCUGCAGGGCGAUGGUCGAGCUUGUACAGAAGAAUAAGAUUUGAUACACAACCUGGAAAGGCAUACGUGUGCAUAUACCUCAGAUCGAAUACUAAUACAGAGUAUAUGUCUUUUCCACCAGCUCGCCCAUAA